AUGCCACAACGCAACGAAACCGACCGGCGAAGCGGCGAUAUGAACAGCAAGCCUGUGACGUCACCUGCAAACGUCUCGCCUACCAAGCGUGGAGAGGACUGGGUUCAUAAUAGUGACAAUUCAAUUCAACACAAUCGCAAUGAUGCUGGAUUAACCAACGAAGAUCAGACCAAGCCAGAUAACCAGGGCAAAACUCGAUCUACCCGAUCACAAAGUCUCGUUCAACUACUCAAGUGGUUUGUUCAAGAUCAAUGGUUUCUUAUUGUUUUCGCCAUUUUGAUCCUGGUUUCAUCGCAAGUCCAAGUCCCUGCCGCACAGCAACGAAUAAAACGAACCGUCAUCACAUAUCUAUCGGUCUCUAUAAUCUUCUUCAUCAAUGGCUGUACACUGCCCACGAAGAUCUUGAUAGAAAACUACUUCCGUUGGAAAGUUCAUGCCUUCGUCCAAUUGCAAUGCUACCUUGUCACGUCUGCUGCAACAUUCGCCAUCGUCAGCCUGUGCGCAACCAACCCCAAUUUCAUGGAUCCUUGGCUGCUUGUUGGGCUUCUUUUUGUCGGUUCGGCACCAACCACAAUGUCCUCUAAUGUUGUCAUGACCAGACAGGCACACGGAAAUACCGCUCUGACUGUUGUCCAAUCAGUUCUAGGGCAGUUCCUCUGUCCAUUUCUUACCCCCAUCAUUCUUCAAAUGUAUCUUUCCAGUGGAGCUUGGUACACCAAAGUUUUGGUCAAUGGGGACAACUAUGGAGAACUGUACCGACGUGUCUUCAAGCAACUUGGAUUAUCUCUGUUCAUGCCGAUGUUUGUGGGACAAGUUGUGAGAUACUUUUAUCCCAAAGAGUGUGACCUUGUGUUCUUCAGUUGGAAGAUGGCGAAACUGUCUUCAAUAUCUCUACUACUUUUGCUUUGGCAGACAUUCGAUCAAGCUUUCGGCAGCGGCGCCUUUGCUGGUCUCAAGCCAUCCAAUGUGGUUUUCCUUGUAUUUCUAUCGAUCUCCUUCUAUUUUCUGUGGCUCGGGAUCUGCUUCGUUGCAUCUAUCGUCUGGCUUCCAAAGAAGGACGUCAUAGCUUGUUGUUACUGUACUCCAGCUAAAGCUGUAGCUCUGGUCGUUCCUCUGACUUCGGUCAUGUAUCUGAAUGUCAGUGUAGUAGAGCAGAGUAAGCUGCAGAUCCCCGUUAUACUCUAUCAAGCCUUUCAGGUUGCUAUUGGGGGUGUCUUGACCAUUCUUUUCAGAAAGUGGGUCCGGCCUGAAGAGUUGGCUGAACAGAGGGAACAUCGCGCUUGUGCACCUCAAUCAUAGGAAGAUCAUGUCAGAAAGCCGUACAGCUGGGCAGCUUAGAAGAUUUACUUAAGAUUUUUGAAAAGCCGCCAGGCAAGCUAUGUUACACGGGAAUUUGUCGUUAUUUUGACCUUUGCUUGUCACAAUUAUUGAAACAACCAAAUAAACGCCGCAAAUCGUACUACUCAGAAU